UCACCAAAUCAGUAUUUUUCGUACCAUCGGUUAAAACACAUGUUCAGCGAUUUUAUGCGCGAGUGAAACUAAUCUGGAAGAGCCCCAACAACUACAGUGACAACAACAACAACAGCAGCAUCAUCAGCAAAAAGCAAAAGCAGCAGAAAAUUUUAACACGUUGACGGUUUUUUAGUGUUUAUCGCGAGCGGAAAAGCUUAAUUAGCGAGUAUUUUUUCUUAGUCUUGCGUCUUUGAGUGUGCGUGCCAAAAUUUAAAUACGUCAUCGACGCGCGCAUCGUAAAAACGAACCCAAAAAAAUAUUGAUACAUACAAUCGAAAGAUUGAAUUCAAAUUCAGUUGCGGGAGAUACAAAAACCAAUUGAGGAAAAAUUCCACAACACACCAACAACUUGAAUUAAUUAACUUAUUGUUAUUGUGGUAUUCUUCUUGGCUUUGCUUUGCCAUUCGCAGCGAAUCGCCGUCAUACACACAAAAGAACGUGCAAAACAGCUGAGAACGAGAGUAACGGAAUAUCAACCAAAGCAAAGCAACAAGUGCAACGACAGCGACAACAGCAACAAUAAAAACACAAAGCCCUUUUCAAUUGAGAGAAAGGCAGUGCAUGUGUAUGUGUGAGCACUUGAAUAAGCAAGCACUUUGUUGUUGUCACAAUCAAUUUGAGUGAUAGCAGCGACGUCGGCAGAGAAACAGCAGCAGCAGCGCAGCAGCAGCAUCCGCAUCAAUUUGCCAGCAUCUUCGGCUUAAUUCCGAAAAGUGUGACUGUGAGCGUAGUUGCUCCCGUUCCGCCUCCGUAAUCGCAACUCGGCGUGUUGUUGUUAUUGCCGACUCGGCCCGCGAUCUUUAUUUUUGCGCUUGUAUUGGUGACACAGCAGCGACGUCGUCUUGAUUGGAACAGUUUUUAUUUUUUCCAUCGCAUCGCACUUUUUUGAUUCCGAAUUCUGGUGUAUCUGUAGUUUCCCGCUAACGGCGAAAAUUCACACAACUCAUUGAUAUUUUAACCUCGUGUCCGCGUUGGCUGCCGCUCGACCAAGGUUCUGCCGCACAAAAUGCUCGUCUCUUUGGGCUUUUCGAAGCCUCGCUUCGUCGGACUAAAAGUGCUCCUCUAGCACGCUCGCCAGAGUCCGGCCAUCAAAAAGUAAAUCCAAAACACUAUACAUAACCCAUUGAAUUGGCAGCCAAAAGUUAUCACCACCCACCGAAUCGUACCAAUUCGUACUGUACCGUUAUCGUUAUCGCGAAACAGAAUCCACAGAUAAAAACGUUCCGUUUCGUCGUAAAUACAGUGCUAAAUCGUGUGAAGCAAAGAAAAACUCGAAAAAAAACUUCUUAAUUCGCCUAAUGAAAGCCGAGAGCAUUUUGUGAAUAAUUAGCCCCGACAAAAACCUGUUCGCAGCCGCAAAAAUUAGGCCCCCAUAAAAAGUGACGAUCCAAGAAACUGGCAUCUCGCCCAGCUUGAUAUAUAACACCCCAACACAAACGUAAAGCCCGCGAUAACACCCAUACAAAAAUAAAAAACAGCGAAAAUCCAGCGAAUCAACUUCACAGUAACGUCGCAAAGUCAGUGCAAGCCAGAGCUAAAUCGUCGAGCAAACCGAGUAGUUGUGUCUAAAACCGUUGGUCUAACCUAUUGUUGAAUUUUCAAAAAGUUAUAAACACCCACAAUCGCCAUCAGUGGUAUCAGUAUCCAGCCCUAAUAACUGCGGAAUAAUGUCAGCCUUCUGACAGUGUCUAUAAAACAAGGAAAUCCCGAAGUUAUAUAAUCCCAUUUUCGGAAGCGAAACCCUACAAGUGUCCACGGCUUAAACUGCUAAUUGGAAUGUUGUCUCAUAUCUGACAGUGACUAAAUAAACACCAAAAAGCAACCCCAAAAAUAAAUCCAACCAGAACUCGAAAAAGAACUUCGAAAGCGUCGGGAGGAAAUCGCCCAGGAAAACAACAAAGCCUCUGUUAUCAGUGAAAUAUACAAUAUUCGAUUUUCAAGCGUAAACAACUGCUGUAUAAUGUCCGUCGCCAUCUGACAGUGGUCCAAACAACCAGCAAACAGAGCUAGAGACAGCGUCGUAAAAUCGCCGCCGCCAGACAAGUCCCACCAGUGCCAGUGAGACCUGUACCGAAUAUCCAAAAUAUUUGAGCUUGCUACUCGGGAUCACCGACUCAGAAAUAAAUGGAGAAAUCUGAAAUACGACUGCAGCGCAUGUCAAAUGAAUAUCACUCGCAAUCGAGCUAUAUGUAUCUCCGGACCAAGAUGCUGUUAAAAAUCGAAAAUACCCUACUUCGAAGCCAUCGUCAGCGCGAGACCACCGGUAUUAAGAAACUAUACAAUUCGUUUUUCGUAUUGUUUUAAUUUGCCCCCUGGCCAACCCCCGCCGAAACCUCCCAAAAAGGCCCCAAGAACACAAUACGCACAACGCAACAAUUCCAAUUCCACUCAAUUGUGAGCCAAGUUAGAAAAAGUUACAAAAAAGCAAGUUAUACAUGUUUUAACUAUAUUAAAUAUAUAUGAAUAAACUAGAGAUAUUAUUUGGUUGUUAGUAGAACUCACGUCAAGUGCAUAUUGUUAGACCUCGUAUAUCCAAGUGCUGUGCGACGAACGAUUGAGUAAGUGUGUCAUAUAAGCAUUUUGAAAAAGCCAAAAUGUUAACCUAAGCAAAUAAGUCGUAAGUGUCAGUCGAUCAAUAACAGUUUCUACUUCGAAUAUUACUAUAACCAUCAAUCCAACACUUUUGUUGCAUUUCGCGUUGCACCAAUAAACUUGAACAAAAUUGCUGGCGAAAGGACUCCGGUCGGGAGCGGCAUUUUCGUAUUUCGGGGGAGAAUAAUCCAGAAAUAAUUUGGGCGGCUAUAUAAAAACAAAAAAAGGGACUAAAAGAGAACAGAACGCGAUU